CUUCUCACUCUCCACCUUGUUCUUUUAGGUGUGGUUUGGUCCGGACGCGGGGUCCCGGCAGCUGGCUUGAGCUUCCUCUGUUGUGAAGGGGGAAAGUAGCUCCCGCGGAAAGCGGUUAAAGUUGCGGAGAGGGUGCGAGACGAGAGUUCUCCCCCAUGCCCGCCGAAUGGUGCGGCCCUGAGUUGGUCCCGGAGCCGGCGCGACGUAUCUGAGAGAGGGGGCGGGGAGGCGGCCCGGAGAACGCGGGUUCUGUGAAGAGACGUGGGGAAGAUUCGACUCCGAGAAGAGGAAGAGGAUUCAAAAGGAGCGAGGCCGCUGAGGGGGAGGGGGCUGCCAAGAUGGCGUCGGCCUCCUCUGGGUCGUCGGCGGUUGGGUUUUCAUCCGCGGAUUCCGGGGUCCCUCCCUGCACCUCGUCUUCAGGUUUCAACUUUCUGUGCUGUGGGGUCAACCGUAAGAGAGCAUCUGGAAUCAAGAGACCCAUGGCAUCUGAGGUGCCUUAUGCCUCUAGCAUGCCCAUGAAGAAAAUAGGCCACCGAGGUGUUGAUUCCUCAGGAGAGACAACAUAUAAAAAGACAACCUCGUCAGCUUUAAAAGGUGCCAUCCAGUUAGGCAUUACUCACACUGUGGGGAGCCUGAGUACCAAACCAGAGCGGGAUGUCCUCAUGCAAGACUUCUAUGUGGUGGAGAGUAUCUUCUUCCCGAGUGAAGGGAGCAACCUGACUCCUGCUCAUCACUACAAUGACUUUCGGUUCAAGACCUAUGCACCUGUUGCCUUCCGCUACUUUCGGGAGUUAUUUGGUAUCCGCCCUGAUGAUUACUUGUACUCCCUCUGCAAUGAGCCGCUGAUUGAACUCUGCAACUCUGGAGCUAGUGGUUCCCUCUUCUAUGUGUCCAGCGAUGAUGAAUUCAUCAUUAAAACAGUCCAGCACAAAGAGGCGGAGUUUCUGCAGAAGCUGCUUCCAGGAUACUACAUGAACCUCAACCAGAACCCUCGGACUUUGCUGCCUAAGUUCUAUGGACUGUACUGUGUGCAGGCAGGUGGUAAGAACAUUCGAAUUGUGGUGAUGAACAAUCUCUUACCACGGUCAGUCAAGAUGCAUAUCAAAUAUGACCUCAAGGGCUCAACCUACAAAAGGCGGGCUUCCCAAAAAGAGCGAGAGAAACCUCUCCCCACCCUUAAAGACCUGGACUUCUUACAAGACAUCCCUGAUGGUCUCUUUUUGGAUGCUGAUAUGUACAAUGCUCUGUGCAAGACCCUGCAGCGCGACUGUUUGGUGCUGCAGAGCUUCAAGAUAAUGGACUAUAGCCUCCUGGUGUCAAUCCAUAACAUAGAUUAUGCACAACGAGAGCCUUUAGGCAAUGAAGCACAAUAUUCAACUGACACUCGCAGACCAGCCCCCCAAAAAGCUCUCUAUUCCACAGCCAUGGAAUCUAUCCAGGGCGAGGCUCGACGAGGUGGCACCAUGGAGACUGAGGACCAUAUGGGUGGCAUCCCGGCCCGGAAUAGUAAAGGGGAAAGGCUGCUGCUUUAUAUUGGGAUCAUUGACAUUCUUCAAUCUUACAGGUUUGUUAAGAAGUUGGAGCACUCUUGGAAAGCUCUGGUACAUGAUGGGGACACCGUAUCAGUGCAUCGCCCAAGCUUCUACGCCGAACGGUUCCAGCGCUUCAUGUGCACUACAGUGUUCAAGAAGAUCCUCUUGAAGCCCUCUCCUUCCAAAAAGUUUCGGUCUGGCUCAUCUUUCUCUCGGCGAGCAGGCCCCAGCGGCAACUCCUGCGUAACUUACCAGCCAUCGGUCUCUGGGGAACACAAGGCACAAGUGACAACAAAGGCGGAAGUGGAGCCAGGCGUCCACUUCGGUCGUCCUGAUGUUUUACCUCAGACUCCACCUUUAGAGAAAAUCAGUGAGGUCUCGACUAUUCCUGACCCCUAUUUCUCACCUGUAGUUGGAGAGACUUUGCAAAUGCUAACUACAAGCUCAACCCUCUUGGAAAAGCAUGAAGUUCCAGAGUCAGAGUUCAUCCAUUGAACAAAAAUCCUCAGAAGACCUGGAGCAAGAUUCUACCAUCUCUGUGAUCCCAAGAUGUCAGCCCUUGACCCAGCAAUGCUGAGUUUUCUUUUACUUGGUCAUCAAAAAAAGUGUAAUGGAGGCUAAGGGAGCUCUCCGUCUCCUCCCUGAAGAAGAACCUCUUCUACUUCGCCUUCCUCAUGAAUGGGCAUUAGUGCCUCGGACAGUUGAGGACAGCGGCAUCCUCUCUACUCCUGAGAUGGGUGGCACAGGUUUUCUACUAGCCAGCCUUCCUUCCACAACUGAAUUGUUUUCAAACCCCCAUUCUUCCUGUUGGAAGUGGGGUUGCUGGACUUGGUGGUUUUCUUCCCCCUCAUCUACCUUUCACCAGGAGCUGGACUCUUAAUUUCCUCAGGACAGACUGGCUGGUACAUUAUCCCAACCUUAGCUCUUUUUCUGUGGAAGAAGACCCCUGUACUCUUUUUUUUUUUUUUUUUUUUUUGCGGUAUGCAGGCCUCUCACUGCUGUGGCCUCUCGUGUUUCAGAGCACAGGCUCCGGACGUGCAGGCUCAGUGGCCAUGGCUCACGGGCCCAGCCGCUCCACGGCAUGCGGGAUCCUCCCGGAGCAGGGCACAAACCUGUGUCCCCCGCAUCAGCAGGCGGACUCCCAACCACUGCGCCACCAGGGAAGCCCGUCCACCCUGUAAUCUUUGUAAAGGUGUUUUGGGGGGUAAGGGUGUUUAACCACCUCCCAGCCUUCUUCUUUUGGUUCCUUAAAAAAGGAAAAGAAAAAUAGCACACAAUUUCAAGCCAGACAGUUUCAGAUCAGAACUCUGUAAGUAUUGGUGAGAUGCAUAUUCAUAGGGUUCCCUCAGAAGAGCCCUGGUGUUUGAGAAACAGAAGCUGCUCUGCCAGGAGCAGCUCCUCUUUAACUCCUCCUCUCUUAAUGAAUUUCUGAAAGCUGAAGGAAUGGAGAGAGUGGGACAUGGGGUAAUCUUUACCCCUUUUGUUAAACAGUGGGGCAGUCAUAGGGGUAAAAGGUCAGAACCCUUCCUAGGCAGGACCCUACUCACGGCCAGGCCAUAAUGAUUAUUACUGUUUUGCAAUUUGAAAUGUAUUCUGCUUGUUUUUCUAAAUAUGAAGACUUAUCAAAUGAAUUUUAGAUUCUUCUCCAAAGGAGAUUUCUUCCUUUCUCUUACCACCUUUUCCAACAGCGUUCUGCUGUUCAUGGAGCUGAGAUGGAGAAGGGGACACCUGUGUCUGUUUAACAGGUAGUCCAUAACUGUGAGGCUAGAGAAUAUUCUCUUAAACUCAUGGAGAGCCAGCAGAUUCUUGCCUUAGUGAGGUCAUUGCUGUGCCACAUGCCCUGCCACCUCUCUUCAUGCAGAGAACGUGGAAACGGGCUGUGUAAUCCCUCUCCUCCCCAUGUUCUCCAUCUGAUCCUCCUCCCCCUGUCAGGGGAAGAAGGGGGCCUGGCAUCUCAGGCAGAUUGUUGAAUCCCCAUCCUGUCCCCUCUCCAUCCCACCCUGCCUUGAUAGUAGGUUAGCUCAUACCCCGAGUAACUGUCUAUAUUAGACACCCCCAGCCAGUUUCUGGCUGCCUGUCUUUGCUGCCAUGUUCUUUUUUACAAGAAGAAAAGAAACAAUUCUUGCUAUUUUUUUUUCAUAAUUUACUAUUUAUGAUGUAUUUAAGUGUUUUAUUCAGGACAGAGUUCUGUAGGGGGUGGGAGGGAAUAUUUGAGGGAGGCUGGGUCUUAGGGAAGGGAAUGGGGAAUCAACAUUUUUAUGAAGUGUCACUAUUUGCCUCUACUUUGUAUUGUUCAGAAAUGGCAAAUACAAUAUAAAAGUGAUAAAUACCUGGUUUUAAUGUAUUAAACUUUCAUCAGUUAUUUAGA